ACUGAAAUCGUAUGAUCUCUUAUAAUUUCAAAGCUCAUUCACGCAAUAUAACUUAUAUCUCUCAUGUAAUUUACGAGUUAUAAUACCGAAAACAUAAAAUUCCUUAUAUUUUCAAAGCUCAAUCACACUAAACUGACGUAAUAUAAUUCACAUCUCUCAAGUGAUUUACGAGCUAUUACACCGUAACAAUACCUUUUCCCCCAAAGUUCCAAAUGCAUAAAUACACAACAAAAAGUAAGUGGAGAGAGUAGAAAAAAGAUUCCCUGUAAGGCUUAAACACACGCACCUAGCUUCUGUCAUUCUCCUUUUUACUCCCCACUUUCCUCUUCAUUUCUCCCUUCAAAAAUCCCUAGAAAAAUCUCCGUCAAAAUCCAAGCAAAACCCAACAAUUUUCUUGAAUUUUUUGUUGGUACAGCAACCAUGGCAACUGUGUACAAAAUCCAGGGUGCUUUCUUGAAAUCAUGUGUUUUUUUGGGUGUUGUACUUGUUUUAGCUGUUUCUGUUAAGGGAAAUUCAGAAGGGGAUGCUUUGUAUGCUCUUCGUAGGAGCUUAUCUGACCCGGAUAACGUGCUUCAAAGCUGGGAUCCGAAUCUUGUUAACCCGUGUACUUGGUUUCAUGUUACUUGUAAUGGAGAUAAUCAAGUUACUCGUGUGGAUCUUGGCAACUCCAAAUUAUCUGGUCAUUUGGUACCUGAGCUUGGAAAGCUUGAACAUCUGCAGUAUUUGGAGCUUUACAAGAAUAAUAUUCAGGGAACCAUCCCUAAAGAGCUCGGUAACUUGAAGAGCCUUAUUAGUCUGGAUCUGUACAACAACAACAUUUCGGGGACAAUUCCUAAUUCACUGGGAAAGUUGAAAAAACUUGUUUUCCUGCGUCUGAAUGAUAAUAAGCUAACAGGACCAAUUCCAAGAGAACUUACUAGCGUUUCUAGCCUGAAAGUUGUGGAUGUCUCGAAUAACGAUUUGUGUGGAACAAUCCCCACUUCUGGUCCAUUUGAGCAUAUUCCUCUGAACAACUUUGAGCACAAUCCUCGACUUGAAGGUCCGGAGUUGUUGGGACUUGCUAGCUACGACACCAACUGUUCUUAGAAACUCGCUGAAUAGGUUCAGAAGAACUGCUAUCUCUGUGGAAGCUUACAUAUUCUCCCCUCCCCUGAAUGUUGUUUGUUGUUGUACUUAACAGCGUUUUAACAGCGUGUCCAAGUUGUAACUUCCUAAGCAAAGAUAUGGUGUAUGUAGGCUAUUACUAAGUUAAUGAAUGUGUAAAACAGUCUAUACUGCUACCAACUGUUAUGACUUUGAUGUAUUUCAUAUUUCAAUGUCUAGUGAAAUGGUUCAGUGGGUUUAAAAAGGUCAA